GUCUCCAUGCCAGCAGUGGUUGAAGUGGAGAGCGGGGGCACGGCCAGGAUCGAGUGCAACUUCUACAUCCCUGGAAAUGGUUCCUACACCUACAUCAACUGGUUCUAUAUUGACCGUAACCACCGGGUGAGGCUGUGCCACAUCACAGGUAGUGAGAUCCUGGAGGAGAACACGGACUACAAGGGGCGGCUGUUGGUGGGGGAGGACAAGGCCCUCUCCAUCAGCAGGGUGACAGUGCAGGAUGCCAGGACCUUCGUGUGCCAGGUUGGAGCAGGCAGCCAUGGCAUGGGCGAGAACCGCACUGAGCUCCACAUCUACAAGUUCCCCGAGGCUCCUGAGAUCACGGCCAGCUCAGCAGGCAUCUCCGUGCAGAGCAGUGGCAUCUCGCAGGUGAGGAGAGGCCCCACCGCAGUUAGCAGUAAUGCCUUUCCCCCCCCCAACAUCGCGUGGCACAAGAACGGGGAGCAGCUGCAGCCAGAAGAGAAGACGGUGAAGAUCCUGGGCACGCUGACCCGUGAGUCAAGCGGGCUGUACACGGUGAGCAGCACCCUCUUUGCCCAAGUAACCCGGGAAAACUUCUACCACUGCACUGUGCACUACUGGCUGCGGGGACAGAGGCGUGCCGUGGAGUCACAGCGAGUCAACGUCACUGUCUUCUACCCUGCACAGCACGUGAAGCUGCAGGUCGUGCCGUCCUCGACGCUGGUGAAGGAAGGGGAUGAUGUGAAGCUGGUCUGUGAGGCUGAUGGGAACCCAGCACCUGUCUUCACCUUCUAUAAGAGAGAGCCGGAUGACAGCUGGGAGGACCUGACAUCACUGGCAGACACCAACAGUGGGGUGCUGAACCUGCACGAUGUGACUAAGAGCAGCAGUGGCUUAUACAGAUGCCAGACUCUGGACUUGGAUGAUAUGGGACAGCUGGAGAAGGAUGUGGAGCUUGUUGUGAACUACAUUGAAGGGGUCCAUGUGAAGAUGGAGCCAUCCUCUCCCCUUCAGGAAGGGGACAGUGUGAGGCUGAGCUGCGAUGCCCACAGCCCUGUGGCCCUGGACUACCAGUGGAGGGAUGAGAAGGGCAGGAAGGUCGCAGAAGGGAACCAGCUCUUUCUCAGCAACCUCACCUUCGAAACCUCCAGCAACUUCAGCUGCAAGGUCAUCGCACCAAGCGUGCCGGGACUGGAGCAGAGCAAGCAGGUGGCUGUGGCUGUUCAGGGGAAGCCGCGGAUCGUCUCCAUCAGCUCCCCGCUGUAUGUGCGGCAGGACGAGGUGGUGAACCUGACCUGCAAGGCCAUCGCUUUCCCCAGACCCUCUGUCCACUGGAAUGUCAACGGGACGGCUCACGAGUACAUGGACAAUCAGCACAUCGCCAGCAACCUGACGGUGCGCGUGAACCACGACCUGCUGCGGGCAGGAGCCAUGUGCAGGGUCUCCAACUCACUGGGUGUCAGCGAGAAGCACAUCCAGCUGCUCGAUCAAAAGACACCAGAGAGCAAAGGGGUGAUCAUUGUGGCAAUCAUCGUCUCCAUCCUCGUGGUGGCUGUGCUGGGGUCUGUCAUCUACUUCCUGCACAAGAAAGGCAAGAUCCCGUGUGGCCGUACUGGGAAACAGGACAUCACAAAGCCAGAGGCACGUAAAGACAAGAUUGUAGUUGAAGUUAAGUCAGAUAAACUUUCCGAAGAGGCGGGGCUCCUGCAGGGGGCCACCA